UUUUUUUUUUCUUUUAUACAUAUAAAUAAAUAUAUAAAUUAAUAACAAAAUUAUGGCAUUUCAGGUUGUCCUUCGUGAAGGUAUUGUAGGUGGUUUUGCUGGACCUACUGUCAAACAAAUAAUUGAUUUAAAAGGUGAUGAUACUGGUGCCAGUAUCAUGCAAGCCUCUUUAAAAGCAGAGUCUAAAACUGAUUAUCAUACAAAAUCAGGAGGUGUUUCUAUUGAACAAAUAUCGAAUGUUUUGGACACUUUGAAACAAAAGCUUCAAACGUUACCAACUGAAGAGCCUGUGGGUAGUGAGGAUAUUUAUGGCCAAGAUAUUUCUUUAUCUUUCUUUUCUGAUGACUUUCAAUGGUCUAAUGGAGGACCUGAAGGUUGCUGUCAUGGUGAAUCAAGUGUCAAAGCAACUCCUGAACAAAAAGAAGAGUUCAAAAAAUUAGUUAAUCUAGUAAAAAGUUUGGGUCAAGAGUUUGCACAAUAAAUAAAUGAUUUAUUUUAUUUUGUUUCAGCUGCUGCUGCUUUAAGUUUUGCUAAGCGUUCUCUAUUUCUUUUUAAUAAAAUUCUAUUCACAUUGGCUUUUUCGAUAUCUGCCAUUUCAUGCCAAUUAUUAAUUCUACUCAUAGAACCAUCCUCAUUAAUAACCACUGGGCCUAACUCUUUCAGCUUAUAUGUAUCAUUCACAUCCAUCUUCACUGUUGCUUCAGCAGUAGAAGGAAGAGCAAGAAUAGGCUUCUUUUCAGUUUCGCUAGACAUUUUUACUUUUAUAAAAUAAUUGAAUACUUUUGUUGUUCUUUUAAAACAAGUUAAAUGUGAUUGUCUUGACAAGUAGAUUUGUGGAAACAUUUAGAAAAAAAAAAAAA